AUGGAGCUCUCCGAUAUCUUUCGCAUCGUCAACUUGGCCGUCGGUGUUGUCAUGAUCCUGGGCGGUAUCUCGCAGUUCUUCACCACGGCCAACGGGUUCCAAUCCUUCAUCAUCGGAUCCUACGUCAUCCUCUUCGGCGCCGUCAUCGGGCUUCUCGAGUUCCAGAUUCCGCCCCAGGUCUCGCGAUACGCCUCGUUCCUCUUCUCCUUCAUCGGCCGCGGUAUCUUCUACAUCUUCCUGGGCUCCAUCCUCCUCGGCGACGGUGUCCUCCGCAUCAUCGCCGGAUCCAUCGUCGGCCUCGUCGGUGUCGGUUAUGCCGUCCUCGAGUUCAUCCCCUCGAUCGAGCCUCCCGCCAACAUGAGAGAGGCUGAUGCUGGCUGGGGCGCCGAGCAGGUCUAA